AUGACCCGACUCCAAGAUUUUGCCGCCCACCAAUUCGACUACAUAAUCAUCGGCGGCGGCACCGCUGGCCUCGUACUAGCACGCCGACUGAGCGACCGAGCAGAUCUCUGCGUCGGCGUCGUAGAAGCAGGACCGGCAGCUCCAGAAGAGCCGGCGAUCAACAUCCCCGGUCGCUACGGGGAGACUCUGGGCGGUAAAUAUGACUGGAAGUUCGAGACGACCGAACAGCCCGGCCUCGACGGACGCAGAGUUCCAUGUCCACGAGGCAAAGUGCUAGGGGGCACGAGUGCGCUGAACUUCAUGGCGUGGAAUCGAGGGAACCGGGAAGACUACGAUGCCUGGGCAGAGUUGGGGAAUGAGGGAUGGGGAUGGGAGGAUCUUUUACCAUUUUUCAAGCGCAGCGAGACGUUUCACGCCCCGGACUCAUCUCAUCAAGAGUCGUGUCGUUCGUAUUAUCAGGCCGAUGUCCAUGGGGUCAAUGGACCGGUGCAGACAACGCAUAUCAGGGAGUAUGGACCGGCACAUCAAUUCUGGCAUGACACGCUGAACAACCUCAACGUGGAAACGAGUCCCGACAGCCUGGGUGGCAGGAAUUCCGGCGCCUGGAAUAUGGUCUGUUCGAUUGACCCGGUCAAACAGGCGCGCAGCUACUCGGCCACUGCGUAUUAUUAUCCCAUCAAGCAGCGACCGAAUCUUGUGGUUUUGGAGGCGACGGUGACAGAGAUUAUCUGCGAGAGAACGGAGGACGAUUGGCGAGCAGCGGGCGUUCGCGUUCGCUGUGAUGGCAAAAUCACUGACAUUCCAGCGUCUAAAGAGGUAGUUCUCUGCGCUGGAAGCAUCCAGUCGCCACAAUUACUGGAGUUGUCGGGAAUAGGGAGUCGAAGUGUUUUGAAUGCUGCAGGGAUUCCAAUCAGAGUCGAGAAUCCGAAUGUGGGAGAGAACUUACAGGAUCAUAUGAUGACUGCCACGAUAUUCGAAAUCGACCAUUCGCUGCCAACGCGAGAUGACAUCCUCAGCGACGCCGAGUUGCGCAAAUCCGCCAAUAAUGAGUACGCGACAUCUCGUACCGGCCCCUGGACAAUCCUGCCCUGUUCAAUCGCGUAUUGCCCCUUGUCUACAUUUGUCUCACCGGAGGAACUGUCGUAUUUUCGAUCACGAGCACUAUUGAUAGCACAGGAAACAGGCCACCCGCGAGAUGAGAUUUUAGCCCGCCAGUUCCAGGCCGAUGCCCACCUAGGACAGAUUGAGUAUUUGUUCGAUGUCGGAAACUGGAGUCCAUUCUUCCAAUCGGAACCGAGCAAAAAAUAUGGCACGAUGCUGCAGAUGCUGCAGUAUCCAUUCUCCCGGGGAUCUAUUCAUAUACCACCUCGGUCAGGGGGCCGGACAACGGCCGAUGACCAUCCAACAAUUGAUCCGCAAAUUUAUCUCGGACCGGGCGAAAUCGAUCGGAAAGUUAUGACCAUGGCGCAGAAGUUCGGAAAGACAAUAUGCGAGACAGAGCCCCUAUCAAGCAUGAUGCAGGCCCGAACGGCGCCGCCGGACGACGACUAUGACCGGUUUGUGGUGCAUAACACGAUCACCGACUGGCAUCCCAUUGGAACGUGCGCGAUGGGCGGAAAACAGGGCGACAAGGCUGGCGUGGUGGAUCAUCGACUGCGGGUAUACGGGGUCCGAGGACUCCGCGUGGCCGAUGCAAGCGUGAUGCCGUUGCAAGUUGGCGCUCAUAUUCAGGCAACCGUAUAUGCAAUCGCGGAAAAGGCGGCGGCGAUGAUUCUGGACGACAUCGAUCGGAGUCCGCGGGCUGGUAAAGCUUGA